AUGGGUAGAAAAUUUAUUGUCUCAGUGAUCUUAGCCGUAAUCCUUUGUGCUGUCACUCAAGGUGAAGCCCAACUCCAGAUGCCACUGACGAUUCCUGGAUUUUUUACCCCUGAUUCACCUGUUAAUCUGAUAAAAUGUUGGUUGUCUCUCUUCAGUGUCGAAGGAUGUGUACUUGAAAUCUCUAAGUCAAUUUUCUCAGGAAAAUUUGAAAAUGUUGAAGCAGCAUGUUGCAAAGCAUUCUCAACUUUAGACGCAAAUUGUUGGCCUCACAUGUUUCCACUGAAUCCAUUCUUUCCACCUCUUCUCAAGGACAAUUGUGCUGGCACUCUAGAUUUGUAG